CGGGCGCAGGCGCCGCAGAGGGUGGAGCCGUUGGGCCGGGCCUGGCGCUGAGGGCGGCCUUGGGGGGCACUGGAGCGGGGGGCGCCGAGCCGGCCUCCUGAUCGCUGCCGCCCUGGCGCUGCGCUGCAUGGACGGCGUGUUCCUGUCGCCCAGCGAGGAUGAGUUCGUGGGCAGGAUCACGGAGGAGCUGGAGCACUUCAUGCUGCAAGGGCAGCACCACAGGGUGCUGCUGUUCCCUCCCCUGUCCAGUCGCCUCAGGUACCUGAUCCAUCGCACCGUGGAGAACGUGGAUCUGUUGAGCAGCUUCUCUGUGGGAGAAGGCUGGAGGAGGAGGACAGUCAUCUGUCACUCAGCUGUCAGGCUGCCCAGUGAGACCAAGCCCAGCGAGGCCAAGCCCAGCAGCAACCCCUCGAGGCUCCACCGCCCUGCGCAGCCCUGGGGCCGGGGGGGCCGAGGCGGCCGGCAACGGCACGCUGGGGACGUGCAGGGGGACGGCUCCCGGGCCUGUGUGGGCUCUGGCAGGAUACAGAGGCCCCCCAGGAGGAAACCAGAUAAAGCUCUCUACUUCCCCAAGGCCACGCGCAGGAAGGACGAGCAGGAGAGCCCGGGGACAGCCGCAGCGGCAGAGCCUGGGGGGAGCCUGGCGCGAGGAGGAGAGGGCUGCCCCGGAGCUGCGGUCGGGGCUGGCCAGGAGGAGCCGGGCAAGCCUGGGGGCAGCCCGCGGGGAGCCUCCUCGGCCCUCGGCGAGCAGCAGGAGCCCGCCGAGGAGCGCGGCGCCGGCGGGAAGGACGGCGGCGAGGCCGAACGCCCCCCGCGCGGCGUGGAGAGCGGCGGCGACGCCUGCGGGCGGGAAAGCCAGGCCGAGGACCGAUCGGGUGCCCUUCCUGCGGCCCCCAAACAGAGCCCGGCUGAGGCCGAGGGGCAGGGUCGGAGCCGUGACGGCGCCGCGGGGGCAGAAGGCGGCGAAGCCCCGCGCCAGCUGCGAGCCGCAGAGCGGCCCCGGCCGGAGGCUGGCGCAGGGCAGCGCGGCGAACCCUCCGGCCCCUCGGACCGCGCCGGCCCCGCGGGGGCAGAGGCGAGCGCUGCCGUCUGGCUGCCGCUGGCAAACCAAGAGGAGGGCUGUGCUGCUGCCAGGAGCCGGGAGCGAGCGGGCAGCGUGUCGCUGCCCGAAGAACAGGCCGAGGACUCCCCGAGCGCUGGCACCGAGCGGCAGGGAGGCUCCUCCAAACUGCAAAGCCAAGGCCGAGAGGGGCCCGGAGAUGUCCGGCUGGAGCCUGAGCAGAACCCCCCAGAAGCCCCACAUGAGCCUCAGGCUGUGCCUGAACCAGACCCACCAGCUGCUGAGGAGCAGAAGGAGGCUUGGGUGGAUGCUCCUGGGCAGAACCCCGGUGGGCAGGUGCCUGUGGCAGAAGAGGAGGGCAAGGAAGGUCCUGGCUUGUGGGAUGAGCUGCACUUGUCUGCAGGAGAUGAGGAGAGCAGAGGUGGCCCUGGGCAGAGCAGCCCCGAGGAUGACUGCACAGCAGAGCUCUUGGCAGAGAUUGUGAAUUACCUGAGUGUGAAGGACAUCAGCAUUGAGAAGAUCAGCUUUGAUUACUCCACCUAUGGAGAGGCACAGCUCACCCAGGGGGACUUUGGCCACGUCACUGAGAUCUAUGACUUCUCCCCAGCCAUGAAGACAGAGCAGCUCUUAGAAGUGUUCUCUGACUUCCAUGAGAGUGGCUUCAAAAUCCAGUGGGUGGAUGACACACAUGCCCUGGGAAUCUUCUCCAGCCUGUCCACAGCCUCUCAGGCCCUGGGACGCCGUUACCCUGCUCUCAAGAUCCGACCCCUGCUCCAUGCAACCAAGCAGUCCAAGACCAAGGCACUGCAGAGACCAAAACUCCUUCACCUUGCCAAGGAAAGACCCCAGACCGACACCGUGGUGGCCAAGAGGCUGGUGAGCAGGGCUCUGGGCCUGAAGAACAAGCACCAGGCUGAGGGGGUCUCAGGCCCAGAGGGGCUGCUGCCAGAAAGCUUGGAGCAGGAGGAGUAAACCAGCCCAGCUCCAAGGGGGCUGGAGGAGCAGGGGCUGUGCCAUGAAACUGCAUGCAGAACGCUUGGAGCUGUUCUCCUGGGGGAUUAGAACCAUCCUCAGGGAGAGAAGUUGGGAAGGGACAAAGUUUUGCUGUUCAGUUUGAGUCUUGAGCUCAGCAGCUGAGCUGUCAGCUCGUCAUUAGCAGGAGCCUCUUGCCCUGCUCUGUUUCCUGCUCUGUAACCUUCCCCCCAAAAAGUGACUUUAGAGUGAGAGAAUUGGAUCCUGGGGGCCAAACUUCAGCUGAGCAGCUGCAGGAGGCAAGCAAAACGAAGCUGUUUCAUGUUUACUUUGGUGUAAUGUUGCUCUUAACCUCUUCCCCAGAAGGGAGGAGCAGUGAAUAAAGCAAGUUGCAGGGUUUCUUUUCUUUCCCCCCCACUCCCCUUCUUUCCCUGGUGUUUAAGGAGCCUGAAUGGCUGUGGGUGAGGAUAUUGUCAGGCAGUGCUGAGGCAAAAGCAAACCAGAGCUCCCUUUGUGAUUUUAGCCAGAGCCUGGUGGGAGGAGAUUCAGAGAAUAGUCAUAGGAGGGUUUGGGUUGGAAGGGAGCUCAAGGAUCAUCCAGUUCCAACCCCCUGCCAUGGGCAGGGACACCUCCCACCAGCCCAGCUUGCUCAAGGCCUCAUCCAGCCUGGCCUUGAACACUUUCAGCAUCCCCAACCUCCCUGGGCAACCUGUUCCAGUGUCUCCCUACCCCUAUUCCUCCAGCAAAUGGUAGAAUCAUCUAAUGGUUGGGGUUGGAAGGGACCUUUCAAGCUCAUUCAGUCCAGCUGAGCUCACUGCAGUAAGCAGAGGCAUCUCCAACUGGAGCAGGUUGCCCCAUCCUAAACACCUAAAGUGUUACCUCAGCAAAGCAACCACAGCAGGAGAACACCCAGAGGAGGUAAGGUGAGGCCCCCCCAGUUCUAAGCAACCCUCAAGUUCCACCUUCAAACCAUGAACAGUUGGCCCCCUGAAGUCCUCACAGAGAGCUGAGGUUCCUGAACUAGCAGGAGGAACAUGAGCUUGCUGGCUCCUGCCUGUGGCACCUCACCCACCACAGCUCAGCUCCUCCUUUGGCUGCAUCACCUUGAGCUUGCUGGCUCCUGCCUGUGGCACCUCACCCACCACAGCUCAGCUCCUCCUUUGGCUGCAUCACCUUGAGCUUGCUGGCUCCUGCCUGUGGCACCUCACCCACCACAGCUCAGCUCCUCCUUUGGCUACGUCAUCUGGAGACCAAAAUGGAGUUGCCCAACUUACUUACAACAGGCUUAAAACCUUUCCUAGAUGCCACCACC